AUGGAUUCUCUCCACCAGCAAGUUUGGAAUGUUUCGAAAGGGGAAAAGCGCAAGCGCCACGACAUUGAUUACGACGAUGAUCGGACACAUAUCAAGGUUUCCCGUCCGACCAACACGAAGCUCCCUGGCGGCCAUUCGACUGCGAAGACCACGGAUAGACAACUCUCGUCUUCGGUAACUGAGCAGGCGUUAACGCCUACGCCUGCUGCCGGUAAAGCUCGGAAGGAUGCUACACUUCGCCGUGAUCCACACACUCCUGCACCUCGUCCUGCUGCCAGCCAUCAAGAAUACACGGCCCCUACGAGGAAUGUAUUCACGGAGUAUCACAGCAUGCAGGCAGAGUUCCCUCCCACUCCACCUGAGACGCCGCCAGAUUCCUCGAGCCGCGCUGGCAGCCGGCUACAUCCGUUGCUUGACCUGUCGGUCACUAGCCCUUGGGAAUUUGCCGAGGAGACUAGGAGGCUGGCUCGAUUGCCCAAGCAAAGGAACGAAUCUUUUGCCGAGAACCAGCGAAUUGCAGGCGAGUGCGAGCGCGUGAAGAAGGAGCUCUCGGAGCAGGAAAAGCGCCACCAGAGGGAGCUCUUCGAGCAGGAACAACGCCACCAGAAGGAACUCUUCGAGCAGGAACAGCGCCACCAGAAGGAGCUUGCCGAGCAGCAAGAGCGAUUGCAGAAGGAGCGCGACUCAGAGAAGGCAGAGUACAGCAUCAAGCUCGAAGCUGUUGAGGAGGCACUUGCCGUUGAGCGACAGGCAAAGGAGAAUCUGCAGAAGGAACUCACUUCGAAGCGCAUCGCCAUCAAGAAUCUGGAAGAAACCCUCGCGACUGUCCAGCAAGAGAAGCAAAGCUUGAACAAAGCGCAAACACUGAAGUUUCAAGAUCUCUCAAGCAAGCAUGAGACAGCCCAAAAGGAGAAGCAGGACCUUUCGACCAAGCUUGCUACAGAGCGCAAAAAGAAGCAGGAUCUCUCGAAGAAACUUGCUUCCGAGAACAAGAACAGCCAGUACCACGACGAACAGAUCAAGAACGAAGUUCAGAUCCAAACGUUCGAACUAGCCAAGCGUCAUGUUCUGGUCGGUCUGCUUCGUCUUUACGCGGAUGAUAUCGGCAUCAGUGCCUUCACCUUGGAGAAUACCGCUCCCUCGCUUCACCAGAAGUUCUUUGAUCUGAUUGAUGGCUGCAUUUCCUACCAGGAGCUCACAUUCCACAUUCAAAACUACUUCGAGGAGCAUCCCGAGGAGUAUGCCAAGAUCUAUGGUGAUGGGAACGGCGCUGUCACAGUGGGCAACAACUCCAACCCAGAGACUCAAAGCAACAUCGUUCAGUCUCUAGGCCCCGUAUAUGGUACAGGCUCAUGGGCUCAGCCUGCUCAAGGUCCUAUGCCUGGAGCACAAGCUCCUUCCGGCGCAAGUUCAUGGACUUCGGGUUCUAACUCGCAGCAGCCUUCGCAGACUUUCGCUCCAGGGUCUCAAGCUCCAGGUCCCUUUGCACGGCAGCCUUUCCAAAUCCGGGAUACGGCGGACCAGCCAGAGGACAUGGAUGUUGACAACAAUGUGGUAUCGCAGAGUGGGUUCUCUCAGCCUCAGUCUUCUCAGUUCCCGUUCUCGAAUCCUUCUGGGUUCCCAUCAUCUGAAGCUCAGGCACAAGAUGCGCAAUCAAACUCCAUGAGAGUUAUCGAGACCCCGGGCCAGCCCAAGAUCUGCGCGUAUAUCCUUCAUAAAGGAGGCUGCAAUAAGGCGCAUUGCAAAUUUAGCCAUCCUGGUGAAGCCAGAUUUCCUAUACAAGUAGAGACGAUCAACAACCUGGUUGAAGUUGUCUAUACGAAACACCCCAGUAUGGAUCGGGAAAUCUCUAGCUACCAUAACGCUAUCGUCUGGAUCUUUCAGAAUGCUUUGCAAGCUUCCUUGACCCGCGCCAACAGGAUCAUCUUUCUAAAGAUGAUGGAGUGGCACAUCGAGACAAAGCUCACCCACAUGAUCGAUGAUGCUACGCCAGAAGAAAUCUCCCGCUCAAGCCUACCAGCAGACGAACUGGUUGCCAUCGCCUCCGGCCUCGACGCGUGGUUCGGCAAAGAGUUCAACAUGCCAGAAGACCUUGCAACGAUUCCUCCCGUAUUACGCAUUCUCGAUGGUAUGAUCAGCGAUAAGAGCAAGAAGUUUGGAAAGAUGCCUUCGUCGCACACAAAGGCUUCUGUUUCUCCCACCGAGACCCUUGAGCAAGACCUUGACGACAUCCUCCAUGGAACGACGGGUUUCCGAUCUUCGCGCCCCCAGCCACGGAAUUCGCAGCAGUCACGUUCUACCAACUCCAACACUCAGGGCUUUCGCCAAUCGUCUGGAUUCCCGGCUCCUCCAGGUAGGACGACCGUCGCGGACCCUGGCUCGAAGCUUCUCCAAGAUCUGAACGGUAUCCUCGGCGCUGAGACUGAGACUCAAUCUUCCAACCGCCGAGCGAAUAGGUCUCAACGGUCUGGCAAUCCUACCCGUGGUGGCUCCAAUAGUUUUCCGCCUCGCCACCCGCAGUCUUCGCUGAACCGUACCUCAUUCGGAACUCGCGGUGGUGCUCACCUCUCUCGUCCUGGCAAUCGGUUCAAUCAAAAUGACAACUCCGUUUUAAGCAGGGGCAAUGGCUCACGUAUCGAUACGCACGCCCACCGGCAACCUCCACGAGGACCUCGCGGGCAGUCGUUUCCUGCUACACCGGAGGGCAACUUCUAUGCCCAGUCUCGCCAGCAGAACGCUACUCGUAGAAUGAAUGGGAACCCGGUGCGUAAUUCAGAUCUUCUGAGAAUGAGUAUAUAG